AUGGCAGAACAGCCAGUUGCUCUCGAGUCUCGGAUCGGGAAGAUAUCUGAAGUUCCGGUUUGCACUGCUAUUACUACCGAGAAAACAUUUACCUCCACACCACCUCCAGCGGCGGUAGGUUCGGGUCUCAAUGAGCCCGAAUAUGAAGUUGCUGUAAAGCUUGCCGACCUGCAAGGAGAUCCUAAUAGUCCCCUCUAUUCCGUCAAGAGAUUUGAAGACCUAGGACUUUCCAAGGAGCUUCUAGAGGGUAUAUAUUUCAUGAACUUUAAGAAGCCAUCCAAGAUCCAAGAGCGAGCACUUCCGCUCCUCUUAUCAACCCCUCCAACAAAUAUGAUUGGCCAAUCACAAUCAGGGACUGGGAAAACCGCCGCUUUCGUUUUGACAAUGUUGACUCGUAUUGACAUGUCAGCCACCAAUGUCCAAGCUGUCUGUUUGACUCCAACUCGGGAACUGGCGAGACAGAUUAUGAACGUUAUCCAAACCAUGGGUCAAUUUACCAACGUCAAAACCCAGUUCGCUAUCCCGAAUAUGGUCCAACGUGGCCAGAAGAUUGAUGCACAUAUUGUGGUGGGGACGCCCGGUACUGUUCUUGACCUGAUUCGACGAAAGCAAUUGCCUAUAGAACAUCUUAAGGUUUUUGUGCUUGACGAAGCCGAUAAUAUGCUUGAUCUACAAGGACUAGGAGAACAGUGUCUCCGUGUGAAAAGCUACUCCUGGGUGCCUGACAUUACCCUAAGACAGGAAGAACUUACGGUGGAGGGGAUCAAGCAACUCUGGAUGGACUGUGACAGCCAAGAGGACAAAUAUCGGAUGUUGCUUGAGCUUUAUCAUAUUUUAACAAUUGGUUCUUCAAUCAUAUUCGUGAAGAAACGCGAAACAGCAUCUGAGAUUCAGAGGCGAAUGGAAGCGGAUGGGCACAAGGUUGCUGCGCUCCACGGUGCACAGGAAGGUGCAGAUAGAGACAGGGUUAUCGAUGACUUCCGUUCCGGAAAAGCUAAAGUCCUUAUUACUACAAACGUUUUGGCCCGCGGUAUCGAUGUAGCGACUGUCUCGAUGGUGGUAAAUUACGACAUCCCACUUGAUCAGAACGGUCGACCGGACCCCUUGACCUAUCUUCACCGCAUCGGACGGACUGGGAGAUUCGGACGCGUGGGUGUGUCAAUCACCUUUGUUCAUGAUGAGCAGACCCGCUCCGAGAUGAAUCAGAUAUCAAAUUUCUUUAGUAUCUCUAUGACAAGGGUUCCAACCAACGACAUAGACGUAAGCACCUUCAAGAUUUCUAGAACAGGGUUCACAAUACUAAUUGAUUGUUUGUAG